CAGACAGCGUCGCUGUGCGCGAGACUGGGCAUGAAGUUCUGACUCCUGCAGUAGAUGGGCAUGACGAAGAUGAUUCUGACGUUGAAGAUGCAGAUGAAGCUGUUCCAGUUUAUGCCGGCAGUGAGGUAGCACAGAGCGAGGCUUGUGACCUUGAUUACGUCACAGAAGAAGAAGAGGGGGCACAGGCACAACCAGAUGAAAUUGAUGUCCGCGAUCAAGAAAACGAAGACUACCAUGAUGCCACUGGACAAUCUCAAAUAUCCUCUUCUGUUCCUACGGUGGAGGCUACGGAUUAUGCUCUUGAGGAUAACUGCAGUAGCGCAGUUUACUCUGCCGUACCAGAUGAGCAAUCUGACGGGCCACAAGAUCCAGUUUUUAUGUUUGAACGUGGACAAACGGACCUCGUAGAAGAAGAAGAAGGAGCCCAAGAACCCCAAGUGCCCCGGCUUGCAAAGUUGUCGACUUUUGAGAAAAUGAAAGACGAAGGCCCCAAUAUUGAUGACGAGGACCACGACGACGAUGGAGUAGAAGGUGGAGUAAGUUCAUCUUCCAACAACUUCGUCCGCGGCGCGGAUGUAGAGGGAGCAAGUGCUGACUCAUCUUCCAACAACUUCGUUCUUUCCAACCAGAACCUCAUAGUCAGAGCAUCGUCCUCAGGCGCAGAAGAUUCCUCGCUGCCAAUAACCGCGAGAUCCUCAUCUUCUUCGGGAGAAGAGUUGUUUCUUCUGGGACACAAGCAGAAUGGGGAACUACAAGCAGAAGGAGGAGGACUACACGAGCCGGAGGUUGAAGUUGUAUCGAGGACGCCAGAGCAGAGGCCGUUUUCUUUCGUUUCCGAUCAGGAGCUAUUGAUGAAAAAACAAAAGACUCCUUCUAAGGAAGCGAGCCCUGCUGCGAUUGCCGCUGAGCCAGACGCUGAAGCUGGUGACCCAGACUACAAGGAUGAAGGGGCUAAAGAUGGUGACGUAGAGUCAGUGCAGCCUUUGCGUAGCCUACAUCGUCAGGACGACACGUCUAUGGGCCCGCCGCCUAGCUGGAGUGUCUCAGCUUCGGAAGAAGACGCUGAUCAAGAUGUGGCACAGAGAGUUGGAGACCAAGGUCUUUGUGGCAAGGGUCCUUGUGGCAAGGAAAAGAGAAGUGCUGUUAGAAAUGUAGUUGGUGAGGGUGUUGACGAGGACAACACAUCGGACUUGCCAGCGCUUACCUUUACACGUGGAGGCUUAGAUGAGCAGCACGACUUGGUCGAUGCACCAGCGGCGUCGAGAGUCCCCCAAAGAGUAGAGGACAACUCCGAAUCCGAAAAUAUAGGAGAUGCUUCAGCUGCUCUUUUAGAAAGGAACAACGCAACGAAGGAUCACAGUCCUGCUCGCGGUGCGAAAACAAAUACUUCCACGGGUAAUGCUGUUGCUGCUGAAAGCACGACUGGAAAGAAGCUGGAGACAAGUACUAGAGGUGCUAACACUUCUAAGACUACUAGUAGAAGAAACAACGACACUGCAACCUCUGGAGGCAUCGCCUCGAAGGAUGAUAAUCAAGACGUUGCCCGCGAGUCCGAUGCCAGUAGUGAAGAUCUGGAUGCGCGAAAGGCAGCUGCUGUAGACUUUGCUGCUCGCGCCUUUGGCUACUCGCUGCACUCUUUGAGCCGACCUCAAGAUGUGUCCACGUCUCCUGGCAUCCUAUGGGAACGCGAACACCUGUUUGACUGCCCACCCGAAGAACCUCAAAAGCCUGCGGUGGUUGUUGCCACUGCAGCUAGGCCUGAAGAAGAACGGAAACUAGCUGUAGGGGAUAGGGAUGCAACGACCGUUGAAAUGAAGGUUGAAAAGCCUAAGCUUGUGCUGGUUGAAAAAGUUGCUAGUACUAUUCAAAAGAAGCUUCCGCUUUUGCAGGUGUCUAAGAAAAGAGCUUCGCAGACUGUGGAAAAAUAUGACGAUUCAAAACUGGAUACUGGCAAGAACGCUGCACUGAAAAAGGAUGCAGGAGCCGCCCUUUCGCUGAAGAAAGGAAAGCAAGGACAACACGAAGAGGCGUCAUCUAGUGACUCCUAUAGUGGAGUAGCGAUUCCGCCAAGAGUUAGUCUGCUAGGACGCACGAGCUUCGGCAAUCGAGUCCGUGACUCUACUAGUGACGAGACCGAAGUAUCAUCCGGUGCCUCUUCAUCCUUUAGUGCAGACGAGGACGGAGCUGCUGGAACUCUCCCCCGAAGAGAUCCUAAAACCACAACUGGAGGAAAAACACAGCUACAUGAAGAUCAUUCCUCCCUUUCCAAGGCUACUACUUCCAAACUUUCAGCUGUGGAUGCGAUUACGUCGAUUCUCUGUUCACCCACGCUGGCGCCACGUGGACCCAGUGUUGGCCCUGCUAUUCGGCGCUCCUCCAAAGGCCCAAGCAGUGGAGGAGGUGUGAGGAGGCAAUUUAAGCCUCACGAUAGUCACUUCGACAUGCCGGAGCUCGCAGCGCAUCACGCUGCUUUAGAAAAGAAAUUGCAAGAACUACAUAGAAGUAGUGGCACUACUUCUAAGAGGAAUAGUAGAGGAACAAGUAGUACGAGCCCUAAUAAAGGGAAGUCUAAUAUGAAAGGCAAAAGCCCUGAAGGGAAGUCAAGAAUAGGGGUGGAGCUGACGGAGACGAACAAGAAAGAAGUUGAUGGAUCAAAUGCUGGAGAAGUGAGUGGAGAAACGACUCCACAGCAAUCAUCCGAAGAAGGUGACAUUUUCGCUGGUUCUAAGAUCGCGGCGCCGCAUGGACGGCACUUUUUUCACAAUCUGAUCAUCGAGAUGAGGCGAUUGAACGUGGUCCACGAUCAUAUGGAUGAGAGGGAGAAACACCAGAAGAGAAAAGCUAAGAUGGCUAAGGUGAAGGAGCAAGAGUUCUUGCGAGAACAUCAAGAGUUCUUGCAGUCUUCAUCUUCAAGGGCCUUACCGCAAAGGGCUUCUUCGAUGAGGGUAGUACAGCAGUCUUCUACCCCGUCUGCUUCUGCGGAAAAUGUUAAGGUGGGUAGUGAGAUGGAGGACUUGUCGGUAAGGCCAGUAGAUGUCGAUGUAAAUGACACCGACGAGGAGUUGUUAUUGAGGAAAACCGAGUUUGCGGAUGGCGAACCAAAAAAUGAGUCCUCGUCCUUCUCUAGCAGUACUAGGAAGGGAGUAGUCUCGAGUAAUACUAGAAGCAGUACUAGAGCUGCAGGGACGAAACAUCACAUGGAUAGCGAGAUAGAUAUGGUGAACAACCCAGUAAAAAAGGUAAAAGCGGUGUCUAGAAUCGACGAUGGGCUCAGCCAUGAUGUUGCCUCCAAUAGCCCAAAGGGAAAGAGGCAAUCUUCUUCUAGUACGGCAACUGGAACAAAAACGGGCUCAAGCCCUACUGGAAGUGUGACCAAAAGAGGAACAGCAUUGACAUCUUCUGCUAACACUCCAAAUUUGAAGCAAGGCUCUUCUCCUUUAGGCGGCAAGAACAGAGCAGAACGAGCCGUACCGGAACGAGUGGCGCAAGGACGUCAGUCUAGUACAACUACAAAUGGAAAUGCGAAAACGAUGAAAACGGAUGGUGCUAGAAGUAGUACAAAUGUAGCUCGUGGUUCGAAAAGCAAGACUUCUUCCAGUACAUUACUCUUUUCUCCGGAGCCUGAGUCUUUCAUAGAACAGGGAAGAGGGAUCAAUACUUCUCUCCACAAACAUGGAGAGGGCGAGGACGCUCUCCCCUUGUAUUUCCGGAGACGCGACAACAAUUGCUCGUUUUUCGAAGUGGGGGAAAAAGUAGAGUAUUAUUGUGCGGAAGGAAAUUUAGGGUGGCUGCCAGCACGAAUCACACGCAAAAGGAAAGCUGCUCAAGGUGCGAGAAAAGGCAGCGCUUGCGCUUCUAGAAUCUUGUACGACAUACGAGUAUCGAUUGAGAACGUCCGGGACUUGGAAAUUACCAACCUCCCGAGAGACAAACUCAGACUUCGUGCAAAUGAAACAGAAAUUUGAUUUUUUGUACUUUUUUUCGAACGACACUAACUAUUGAGAACACACAAAUGAUACACUUCGCGACAUAACUGUAAUAUCUAUCAUGCUUUUUGAAUACCUCCUUUUAGAACUGGUACCUACGUAUACUUGGUACCAAAAAGACGACUUACAGAUUCAGAAAAAGACUGAUGCAACAGCAGAUAAUAAUGCUCUACUCAUACUCAACUUUCACAGACUAGAAUCAACGAGUGCUUAUCUUGGAAUCGAACUGACUUUUCAAUCUCAAACGAACUAAAACUGCAAAAACGAACUGAUUUUUUGGUAUUUUUUACGAGAAUGUGAUUGAUACAUUUAGAUCCAUGCUUUCUCCAUGAGAAUUAUCCAUGAAAUGCGAGUAUACUAUGAAUGGAUGGACUCCUAUCAAAAGGGUCUGGACUGCUAGUGCUACAGAAAUUCACACUGUUCAAUGAAUGGCUUUCAGAACAUGCCACAACGGUGAAGAUUAUGUAGAGAAAGGCACCAUAUCUGCCAC